AUGGAAGGGAGCAGUAAAGCGCCACAAAUCAUCACCCUCGAGGACGAACGAAACCUCCAACCAAUCAGCCCAGUUACACCGCCAGUGAAUGGUAUUUCGUCAAAUCGUACGGGAGCACCCUGGAAGCGCAAACAGCUGGAGGACGUUAAUCCGGACGGUAGUCUAGAUCUGAGCAAGUUGAGCAUGCGACGAAAUUCCAGCUACGGAAAGAUGCCUUCCGAAACGCCGGAGGCUAAGGUGUUGGUCCUCUACACCGGAGGAACUAUCGGCAUGAUGCGAAAUGAGAAACAGGCACUGGAGCCUCGACCGAAUGAGUUAGUUCGAAAGAUUCGGAAAUAUCCGAACAUGCACGAUGAUGUAUAUGCUAGUAAGCGUUUUGGUGCGGCGCGGAAUAUGGCCCCCUUGGUGUUGCCCUAUGUUGAGGGUCAACAUCGACGUAUUCUGUAUCAGAUUUCCGAGUAUGAACCGCUGCUCGAUUCCUCCAAUAUGGCGGUCACCGACUGGGUGCGCAUUGCUACCGAUAUUCAGCAAUCGUAUGAAUUUUUCGACGGCUUCGUUAUUCUUCACGGUACGGACACUAUGGCGUACACAGCUUCGGCUUUGUCGUUCAUGUUUGAGAAUCUCGGUAAAACAGUGAUUAUUACGGGUUCGCAGAUACCGAUUUUCGAAACACGAACUGAUGGGAAAGACAAUUUUACUUCGGCACUGAUUUUGGCCGGUAACUAUAUCAUUCCGGAGGUCUGUGUCUUCUUCAAUUGUCGACUGUUUCGGGGUAAUCGAACGAUCAAGGUUAGUACUGAAUCACUGGACGCUUUCAACUCGCCAAACACUGCACCUUUAGCCAAGAUGGGUAUUAACGUGGAAAUCGAUUACCGGUUAAUUUUCCGACCUUGUACGAUAGAAAAAUUUAUGGUCCACACUAAGCUAGCUGAAAAUGUCGGUUUGUUGCGACUGUUUCCAAGUAUAUCCAUAGCAACGGUGAAGGCAUUCCUACAGCCUCCUAUGACUGGGGUUGUUCUCCAAACGUACGGAGCAGGCAAUGUUCCGACUUCACGAACAAAUCUCAUUGAAGCGCUGCGCGAGGCCGCAGCGCGGGGUGUGUUAAUCGUAAACUGUACCCAAUGCAACGAAGGAUCGGUUAGUGAGCUGUACGAAACCGGCCGGUUGCUUCAGGACAUUGGUAUUAUUCCGGGAUACGAUAUGACACCGGAAGCAGCGCUAGCGAAGCUAGCCUAUGUGCUGAGUAAAGAAAGCUGGAGUCACGAGAUGCGAAUGUUGAUGAUGAAAAGCAAUCUACGAGGUGAAUUAACCCAAGAGAAGACUCCGGAGAUGCAAGAGUAUGACCUGAUCGAUGCGGUGGCGCGAACUUUGCAACUUACUUCUGCUAAAGAAUUGUGUCAAUUGAAAUCGUCUCUUUUCCCAGCCAUGGUGAAUACGGCUGUACUCGCCGGAGACGUUUCGAAGCUCAGCAAUUUAAAAGGCUACGGCGCUGAUUUGUCUGUGGAGAACUACGACCGCCGGACGGCACUUCACGUAGCCUGCUGCGAAGGAAAUUAUGACAUUGUUCAGUAUUUACUGCAGAACGGAGCAGCCGUUCAUAUUCGCGAUCGUUUCGAUCGGACACCGCUAAUGGAUGCCAUUUUGCAUGAUCACCAUCUCAUCAUUAGGCUGUUGGUAAAAUGUGGAGCUCAUUUAACUGGUUCGAUACGUGCAAUCGGUGAGAAUCUGUGCAACGCAGCAUCAAGGAGUCUGAUAAAUCGCCUGGAAUCGUACCGAAUUGCUGGUGCUGAUCUAUCGCAGGAAGACACCGGCGGUCGGACCGCGCUUCACAUUGCAGCUAUGUACGGCAACAUGGAGGUGGUUCAGUAUUUAGUUAAAAACUAUGCCGAAAUAGAUGCGGUCGAUUAUUUGGGUCUUACGCCGCUAGAUUAUGCGACAAAGUUGAACAAUGAACCGGUGAUAGAUUUCCUGUUGGAAAGAAACGCAAGACGUGGCGGUGAGAUGGAUGAAGAUAUUAAACGGCCGAACUUAAGCGAAUCGUUCGAAUCAUAA